GCUGCUGCUCGGAUCGGUUCGUUGCGGUUUCGACUGGGACUUUUGCGCUUUUCCUCCGGUCUGUGCGUCCUAGGACGCAGAGGCAUCGGGAACAUGGGGUCCUCAUCAUCUUCAUCAUCAUCAUCAGUAUUGCCACCAUCUUUCUUUGCAUUAAAAUCACAUUUUACUUUGGUUUUUAGCAUUGGAUCAGGAGGAGAGCUCCCUUGAAUACGUUUGAAAAACUCAGGCUUUUGGCGUUCAUUUCGACUGCUGGAGAAACUUUGAUUUUAUUGUUAAUUUUAAACCUGUGUGAAGAUGGAGCUGCCAAAUUUCUUGCUAACGAGCCUUGCUCUGCUGCUUCUUGGAAGGGAUCUUUUCACCAGUGCAGCUCUGGUGAAUUCCAUUCCCCAAGAAGUGGGGGUAUCUCACAAAAGGCCAUGCUGAGUGACAUAGGAGACUAUGUAGGUACAGACAUUGAAAUAUCCUGGUUACCCAAUCUGGAUGAUCUAAUGAAGGGCUAUGCCCGAAACUUUCGCCCUGGGAUAGGAGGUCCCCCCGUGAACGUGGCCAUGGCUAUUGAAGUGGCCAGCAUUGAUCACAUCUCUGAAGCCAACAUGGAGUACACCAUGACCGUAUUUCUACGCCAGAGCUGGCAUGAUGACCGCCUGUCCUACAACCACACCAACAAGACACUGGGAUUGGAUAGUCGUUUUGUGGACAAGCUUUGGCUGCCUGACACCUUCAUCGUCAACGCCAAAUCUGCUUGGUUCCACGACGUCACAGUGGAGAACAAACUGAUUCGCCUGCAGCCCAAUGGGGUUAUUCUGUACAGCAGCAGAAUUACCUCAACAGUGGCAUGUGACAUGGACUUGACCAAGUAUCCCAUGGACGAACAGGAGUGUAUGCUCGAUCUUGAAAGCUAUGGUUACUCCUCAGAAGACAUUGUGUACCACUGGUCGGAAAGUCAGAGGCACAUCCACGGGCUGGACAAACUGGAGCUCUCACAGUUCACCAUCACAGACUAUCGCUUUGUAACAGAGAUGAUGAAUUUCAAAUCUGCGGGAAGAUUUCCAAGGCUGAGCCUUCGCUUCCAGCUGAGACGGAACCGAGGAGUUUACAUCAUCCAGUCAUACAUGCCUUCCAUAUUACUGGUGGCCAUGUCCUGGGUCUCCUUUUGGAUUAGCCAAUCAGCAGUCCCGGCUCGUGUGUCCUUAGGUAUCACGACUGUCCUCACCAUGACCACCCUGAUGGUGAGUGCCCGCUCCUCUCUGCCUCGCGCAUCAGCCAUCAAGGCGCUGGACGUCUACUUCUGGAUCUGCUACGUCUUUGUGUUCGCUGCGCUAAUCGAGUAUGCCUUCGCUCAUUACAAUGCCGACUACAGACUCAAAGAGAAGGCCAAGGUGAAGGCUAACAAGCUUGGCUCCGAGGCCAUCGUGAAGAACGGCAAACAGGCCAUGGUUCUGUUUUCCUUGUCCGUCACCGGCAUGAACCAGGGCGUGGUCAUUUCCAAUCGCCAGAGCCGAGCCCAGCACUCCAGCAGUGAGAUUCCAGGGGAGGCCGUCUCUGAGGAGUCAGAGUCCAGGAGGAGGUCCAGGCAAAUGAGAGAGAGUGAGGAGGAGGAGAAGAAGUGCUGUUCCAAGUGCGUCUGCAAGCCCAUCGACGCCGACACCAUCGACAUAUAUGCCAGGGCCGUGUUCCCGUUUACCUUUGCAGUGGUCAACGUAAUCUACUGGGUGGCAUACACUAUGUAAAAAUGUAAAACAUGGCUGCCAUCCAAAGAGGAAGGACUGUGUGUGUGUGUAUAUACAUAUAUAUAUAUCUAUAUAUAUAUAUAUAUAUAUAUAUAGAUAUAUAUAUAUGUAUAUAUGGACUGCUGGAGCUGAGCCACUUAAAAUUGUCUUAUGCAGCACUGUGGGAAACACACAAAAAUAACUUCAGAGGAAAUGAAACAAAAUGUUCCAGCCCAGUCUGUCAAAAUGGAAAAUGAAAUCCUUAAUGAAAGCGGUGAGCUGUCUAAACAGGCUUGGGACCUUCAAAAAGGGACUUAGUGAGAAAUAAGUGACAGAUAGUGAGCAAGGUCACAACUUUAACAGCUUCCUCACCCUGCAGUAGUGACCACACAUAUAUCCUUCAAACACAACUAUUGUUCGCUUGGAGCUGCAGUCAGGAGUGGGAUGCGUGUUGUUAUAUAACACCACUCAAGCAAGGAUGACAAGACGAUGUCAAUGAUGAUGAUGAAGAUGUGUUCCUACUAUUCUGCAUGGCUGAUAACUCUUUCACCUCAUUGCCAUUGUGCCCUUACCGGCCUCAUCCCCGUUCUGGUUCGCUACUUGCUUUUGUUUUUUUUUCUAAUCAUUUUUCAUUUUGGACGCUGUCAAGAGUGUCUUAUCUCCUUCUUCCAUAUUUGCCUGGUCCCUCACCAUUAAAUGACUUCUUCCGCCA